GUGAAAGCAGUUGUUCUACCACGUCCAGACACCCAUCAAAACUUAUUUUUACGCGUUAUUUUUAAACGGGUUCCGCCGCCCUCCCCGAGCGUUUUUAAACACAGCGUCAAACGGCGGUUUGCUGCACGGGGGAUUUAAUGGGAGUCUUGCAUCGGUAAAGCGCUUCUCCCCCCCUUGACGGACCCUCGCUCGAACCGAACCGGACUCGGGCGCUGUCCUCACCGGGGGGUAUCCGAUCCCAGUUAUAUUUUGACUGCGAAAACAACACUCCGGAGUCCGAAUAUGGCAGGAAAUCUGAAGAAAGGUGGGGGGCUUAUUGGCAUGAUGAAGGACGCUUUUCAGCCUCACCAUCACCUCCACCACUCCCAUCACCAGCCCGGAGCCGUGGACAAAAAGACGGUGGAGAAAUGCUGGAAAUUCAUGGAUAAGGUGGUACGGUUAUGCCAGAACCCCAAAUUGGCCUUGAAGAACAGUCCUCCGUACAUCCUAGACUUGCUGCCAGAUACAUACCAGCAUCUCCGCACUAUCCUGUCUCGAUAUGAAGGCAAGAUGGAAACGCUAGGCGACAACGAGUACUUCCGUGUUUUUAUGGAGAACUUGACCAAGAAGACCAAACAGACCAUAAGCCUGUUCAAAGAUGGCAAAGAGCGAAUGUUCGAGGAGAACUCUCAGCCCAGACGGAACUUAACAAAGUUGUCGCUGAUUUUCAGUCACAUGCUCGCUGAGCUCAAAGCCAUCUUUCCUAAUGGUCUGUUUCAAGGGGACAACUUCAGAAUCACCAAAGCGGAUGCCGCAGAGUUCUGGAGAAGAUCGUUCGGGGACAAGACCAUUGUGCCUUGGAAGGUGUUCCGUCAGGCCCUGCAUGAGUUUCACCCCAUCAGCUCAGGCCUGGAGGCCAUGGCACUGAAAUCCACCAUCGACCUCACAUGCAACGACUACAUCUCCGUUUUUGAGUUUGACAUCUUCACCAGGCUAUUCCAGCCAUGGUCGUCAUUGUUGAGAAACUGGAACAGCCUGGCAGUGACUCAUCCCGGGUACAUGGCUUUUCUAACCUAUGAUGAAGUCAAAGCUCGUCUACAAAAAUUCAUCCACAAGCCUGGCAGCUAUAUCUUCAGACUGAGCUGUACGAGGCUCGGACAGUGGGCUAUCGGUUACGUCACGGCUGAUGGAAACAUCUUGCAGACCAUUCCUCAUAACAAACCCCUCUUCCAGGCCCUCAUCGAUGGCUUUAGAGAAGGAUUCUACCUUUUUCCAGAUGGACGCACUCAAAACCCAGACCUCACAGGACUGUGUGAACCCUCACCUCAAGACCAUAUCAAAGUCACACAGGAGCAAUAUGAGCUGUACUGUGAGAUGGGCUCUACCUUCCAGCUGUGUAAGAUUUGUGCUGAGAAUGACAAGGAUGUGAAGAUCGAGCCCUGCGGACACCUCAUGUGCACUUCCUGUCUUACAGCCUGGCAGGAGUCAGAAGGCCAAGGCUGCCCAUUCUGUCGCUGUGAAAUUAAGGGUACAGAGCCCAUCGUCGUUGACCCCUUUGAUCCUAAGGAUCCCAACAGCGCUGCCUCCUAUGGCUGCAGGGGCAUGUUUGGGGCUGAGGGAGCCCCUUCACCCAGCUACGACGAUGAUGAUGAUGACCGUUUAGAGGAAACUCCUUUCAUGAUUAGCAAGCUGGUCGGCUCUAAAGUGGAGAGGCCGCCCUCGCCGAUGUCAAUCUCCCCUCAGCCCGUCGUUCCUCCAGUACCUCCUCGGCUGGAUCUGCUUCCUCUCAGGCCCACCAACCCUCCUGGGGCCUCAAGUCCAGGGGCCACAUCCAAGGCCCCUUCCCAUCACAAAGACAAGCCAUUACCGCUGCCGCCGGCUCUAAGGGAUCUGCCACCUCCACCUCCCCCAGACCGUCCACACCCAGCUGGAGCAGACAACCGUCUCCCAAGACGUCCUCUCCCCAGUACGCCUGGAGACCCAUCUCGUGACAAACUGCCCCCGGCCCCUCCUAACCGCAACAUGCCAGACUGGAACUCCCGGCCUGUACCCAAAGCCCCAUCACAGCCACCAGCAAGCGGAGACACCCGUGGAUCUCGAGAGCUUUCCAACAGGCACUCUCUGCCUCUCCAACUGCCCUCUACUCUCGAUUCCAGAACAGAAGCCCCCAGAAACAACGGCCCUCCCAGCCUCGACCACCAGCUGAGUUUUGGAUCAUCGAAUCCUGCAUCGGAUUAUGACAGUCCAAAAGUAAAGCCGUCUGCCUCGGCUAAUGCCAUCUAUUCCUUGGCAAUACGGCCUGUUGCAGCAGCAAGAACACAGACAGGGGAGGAAACCAAUGAGAAUGACGAGGAGUCCGAGUACAUGACUCCAUCUUCUCGACCAGUGCUGCCCUCUGCUGCAGGGGAGGCUGUGCCCAGACCACCUCCACCACUCUCACUCAGUCCCAGAAGUAUGCUCAAUGAAUUAGAGUCAGAAAGUCCACAGAUGUAUGAAGCCAUGUACAACAUCCAAGCACAGGCCCUCACAGCUUCUGCACCACAGGCCAGAGACUCGGAUUACUCCGAAUUGCCUCCUUUGACCUGCUCUAAUGGCCCGCGGGAUCCUGUCGGUGCAUAUGCUGAGGAGGAGGAGGAGGAGGAGAACAGCUAUGACUAUCCCAAACCUCAUCUAUCUGCAGCUCUAGCCCGACGCACGCUUUCAGAUGCUAACUCACCAUCCUCCUCAGCCUUCAGCCGCCUCUCCUUUGACAGUGACCUUGGAGCAGCUGCAACUGUCCUGGACCCCUCUGAAGCCCCCGAGCGGCCUCCUAAGCCAUUGCCCCGUCGCAUCAACUCGGAUCGCAGACCCAGUCCAGUUCCCCCCGGGGCGAGUCCAGGCCCCAGCCAGCAGAUCAGCAGUGAGAUCGAGCACCUCUUGAGCCAGGGAUACUCCCAUCAGGACAUCCAAAAAGCCCUAAUGAUUGCACAGAACAAUAUUGAAAUGGCCAAGAACAUCCUGAGGGAGUUUGUGUCCAUCCCUUCUACUGCACAUAUCUUAACAUAACGAAACUUCUCAGUGCACCCAGUCGCAGCCCGGCCACGCUCGCCUCGUAUUCGUCUUGGACUUCAGAAGUCAGUGGCGUGACCCUGCAUUCUUGCUCUAGCGAUGGCAAGAGCCUGUUUCUCCGUAACGCUUCUUGGAUUCUCUGUCCUCCUUCGUGCGCAAGGAACAGCAAGGGUUUUUUUGCGGCCGCUUCUUCAGCCUGAAGCCAACGCAUGUCCCUUGAGGCUAAACAAAGACAAAAAAAAAAGACAAAAACAUGUAUGUGUUUAUAUAUGGUUUAAUAUAUAAAUCAGAAUAUUGAGUAUAGUUAAUAUAUACACAUGUAUGUUGGAGAGGCACAGGGUUACCUGCAGACAUCAGGGUGUGUGAAGUAUUAGGCCUCAGAGUUGGGAUAGCUAAAGGGAGUUCAGUAAACAGCAGACUGCAGCAUUUUCUGGCGUGAAAAAUGGCCUUUACUUGUGUUGCUUCGGUACAUUUUGUUAUUGAGUGUGUGAUUUUUCUUUUUUUUGGUCUGUCUAGUUGCAUGUCGGUCCCCUCAGCGCAGUUACCAGUUUUAGAAAUACCGCUCAGCCCAAAGUGACCCGUUCUCCGAUUGACCUUGACCUCCAGGGUACUGUGGGAUCUUUAUUUCUUUUAAAAGCGUGGUGGCUGGCUGGCAUCGAAAUUGGGCUCUCCGUCAGCCUUGUUACAUCUUUGUAGCAUUACUGUAAGUGUACUGUACCAUGAAAUUCACUUCCCAAAUGUUUUAGGACAGCCAGUCCUUCAAAGUUUCCAAUUGGAAUGCGCUGAUGAAGGGUACACGCAUCUGAUGUCAGGGGACACGUAACCUGUUUGCUCUAAUCUGAAUGUGUCAUUAAUAUGAUGGUCUCCGACAGACUUUUGUGAAGUAGCGUGUUUACUAAAGAUAGUGUUCUCUAACAGAUUAAGGUGCGAGAGGUUGGAGACAAAGUGAAACUGCUUAGUACAACAACAAAACACAAAAAAAAA